AUGUCUUCCAAAGUUCAAUCCAAAGGCUCCAAAGCCAAGGACCACCAGCCCUCAGCCCAAGAGAGUCUGCCACCCCCAGAGGCCAAUGCUGAAGCCAUCCACUUCCUCAACUCCCUCCGGCAAGAGGAGCUGCUGAUGCUAUUCUUCUCGGAGACUCUGGUCAUGGUCUCGGACACAGGGGAGCCACAGGGAGAGCUGACCAUUGAGGUGCAGAGAGGGAAAUACAAAGACCAGUUUGGUGUCACGGCGUACGUCCCAUUUGUGCAUGCCUUUAGCCGUGGCUUCAUGGACAAAAUCCUCUGCGGAAACUCCAUUCUGGGCUAUCUCUCGUGGAAACUGGAGGUUGUGGAACAACAUAAUCAGGAGUUCAUCGAGUUCCACGUCCUCCCCGUGGAACGGAAGAUGAGUUUGCUGAAGCAGGAUGAUCAGCUGGCCGUGACCAGAAUCAUCAAGGAGGGUGAGGAAGUGAAGACCGAAGCGACUUUCUUCCCCUGGCACUCCAUUGCGGGCUUCGUCUCCCAGGCUGCCAACCUGGUGUUGCUGAGGGUGAUGGCCUGGCGGCAGACAGUGCCCAGCAACGCCCGUUUCCUGGCCUUGGACACCGAGGGCAAACUCUGCUAUUCCACUUACCAAGGCCUGGGCUCCCAGACGAUCCAGGUGGGCCAUCAGCAGGUGGAAGUGUUCAUUGUGGAGCAGACUGUACACUCGGAACAGGGCAUCCCCGUGUCCUGCCAGUUUUACCUGCUCUCUGAUGGGCACCUGGCCAAGAGGAUCCAGGUGGGCUCCCCGGGGUGCUGCAUGAUCACCAAGGUGCCCAUCUUGAGGGAAAAGGAUGAUAUUGAGCCUCACCCAGUGUUUGAGAAGAAACCCCUGGUGUGGGAGGAGGACAUGGAGCUCUACUCGAGGUUCGUGGACCGGAAGGAGGAGCUCCGUCUCAGCCACAACAGCUAUCUGCGGCAGCACCCCGAGGCCCAGGCGCUCAUCUCCGACUUCCUGCUCUUCCUGCUGCUACGCCAGCCGGCCGAUGUGGUCACCUUCGCCGCCGAGUACUUCGGCCGCUUUGCGAUGCGACGCCCGCCCACUCCCGCCUUGCGCUCCUCCAACGGGCCCUGCCCCUUCCACGAGCUGGAGCCGGAGGGCCUCGAGGGCGAGGAGGGCUAG